AUGGAUGGUCAAUCAGAACGUACGAUCCAAACAUUGAAAAACAUGUUGCCUGCUUGGGCCCUCGACUUUGGUGAUAACUGCAUCGGUAUAGUCUCGUAUGAAGCACUAUGUGGAAGGCCUUUUCGUUCUCCUACUUAUUGGAGUGAAGUCAGAAACCAAUGCCAUUUAAGACCAGACUUCGUUCAGGAGACCAUGGAGAAGGUCACAAUCAUCUGUAAGAACUUGGCAACUACCCAGAGCCAUCAGAAAAGUUACGCCGACAAUCGUAGGAGACCCUUGGAGUUUUUCGUGGGAGAUCAAGUCUUCCUCAAGGUUUUCCCCUAUAAGGGAAAGAUGCGGUUCGGGAAGAGAAGGAAGUUUAGCCCUUAUUAUGUGGGACCUUUUUGGAUCAUCGAGCACAUUGGACCCGUGACUUACCACCUCACUCUAUCCUGA